AUCAUUCUCUGGACUGAGUAUCUGAGCUCAGUCUGCUCCCUGGACAGAGGAGCCUCCAGCUUGUCCCACUAUGGGCUCCACCCUACUCUUGCUCUUUCUCCUGGGUAUGACAGGUUGCAUUGUUGAAGGUGCUGCUCCCGAAAUAAUAGAGACCACUGCUGGUGAUUCAAUAUCCCUGCAGUGCCACUAUAACCCAGAGGAUGCCCGGGCCCGGAAGGUGUGGUGUCAGUUCUUUUCCACAGAAUGCAGACCCCUUGUCACCUCAGUCGUGGACAGGAGAGCCCCAGGCAGUGAAAAGGUCCACCUCACUGACCUGGGUGAAGGCUUACUUGAAGUGGUGAUGGAUGAAGUGCAGCUGGAGGAUGCUGGUGAAUAUAGCUGCAUGGUGGACACAACCAGGGGACUCCGGGCCCUGGGCAUGUUCAUUCUGAGAGUAUCCCCUCUGGUGUCAAGGCAGGAUAAGGAGGACAAGGAAGACUAUUUGGAAGAAACUUUGACUUUUGCUCCUGCGGAACAUCCUGCAGUCAGCCCAAGCUUCAGCCCCUUGGAGCCCAACCAAGAAGACUGGAGUAUUCCCUUGGUCUGGGGUUCCGCACUUCUCCUGAGCCUGCUACUUGUGGCUGCGGUGGUAUUGGCUGUGAUAGUUGGAAGAAUGGGAGGGAAGCUGGACAUUUGUGGUCGAUCCCAAAGCAAUGAAGCAUCAGCUUUGGGUACCAGGAUGCCUGCUGAAGAGCCAUCAAGUGUGCCCUAUGCCAAACUGGAGACUCCACCCUCCUUAGAUGACACUACCUAUACCAACCUUCCUUUAGGUCCCCCAACAGGAAAGCCACCACCUCCACCACCCCCAACUAAAUCAGAACCCCAGGUCCAUUUCAGUUCCAACCCUGUGACAUAUGCGACUGUUGUCUUCCCCCCAGGGGCUGAGGGCGGAGAUGUCCCCAUUCAAUCUGCUCAGGAGGAAACUGACCUCCAGAACCCACCAAUGUAA